GCUGCGGAGAAGCGGUCGCCGCCGGAGGGGUUGGGCCGCAGCCGGGCCCGCCGCCCGCUCAGCGCUCGACUCCGCCGUAGGCCCCACCAUGGGUGACAUGAAGACUCCGGACUUUGACGACCUCCUGGCAGCGUUCGACAUCCCCGACAUCGACACCAAUGAGGCCAUCCACUCGGGCCACGACGAGGCUGAGGCUCACAUCAAACCGGUUCCCGGCGAGCCGGGGCCGCCUGACCACGUCCUCCCCCACACCGACAUCACCGCCGUCAGCGUCAUCGUGAAGAACACCGUGUGCCCGGAGCAGCUCGAUGCGCUGGACGGGCGCAGUAAGGAUGGGCACGGCCUCGGCUCCCGCCUACUGCAGAACGGCUUCGGGGCGGCCGAGCUGCCCAGGUCCCCCGCAGCCAGGUCUGUGGAAGCCGUGGCGUCCUCCAACGGGGAGUGCUGGGUGAAGGAGAAAGGACCCAAACCCCUGGAUAUCUUCUCCCAUUUUAGCCCUGAUCCCAAUGAAGACAGCGCUGCCAACCUGAUUGACAGAGCUCGCGAGUGCAAGCCGAAGGAGAAGUCCUUGGCCGUGCCCUCCCUCUCCCCGUCUCCCACCCCAUCGCUGGACUGCAAGGAGCCCGGCGGGGAGGGCGCGGAGGGCCUUCCCCCCCCCUUCCCGCAGCCCUUCGAGGGCAGCCAGGCUGGGGCUGUGAGCGGGCCGCCUCCCUCCGUGCCCUGCAUCAAGAAGGAGGAGUCGGACUCCGAGGAGGCGGCCCGCGAGGCCAACCCGAAGGCUCUGUCUGCUGCGCUGGGGGAGAAUCCCCUGGAGCACCUGAAGUCCGUCACCGUCCGCUACUCCGCGGGUGAUUCUCCCAUCACAUCCUGGCCCGGCUCCGACCCCAGCCUGGGCAGCGGUGCCAGCAGUCUGCCCGAGGUGAAGCACUCGCCCAGCAGCCCCCGGGAGCCCUUCUUUAAGCCUUCCUCUCCCGUGGUGCAGAGCCCCAGGAUCCCCACUUCUCCAAAGCAGCUGGACGACAUCACCCUCAAGGAGGAGCGCGAAGCACUGGAGAAGUCGAUGGGAAGUCCGCAGAGUAUGUCCAGCGCUGAGGAGGAGGAGGAGGAGGAGGAAGGCAACACCAACGAUUCCCCGUCCUCCAAUUCCUCGCGGCCGCUGAAAGUGCGGAUCAAAACCAUCAAGACCUCCUGUGGGAGCAUCACCCGCACGGUGACGCGCGUCUCGUCCGACUCAGAGCCCGGCUCUGCCAGGGGUUCGGCCGAGCAGAGCUCCGAGGACGCCGCUCUCGAGGCGGAGAAGGAGGACGGCGUCGCGCUGGAGGUGCCCCGGGAGAAGCUGGAUCUCUCCAGCCCCCUGAAAGCCAUCGAGGGGCCCAAAAUCGUCAGCGUCCAACUCGGCAACGGCACCAAGAUCAAAGGCACCGUGCUGCCCGUCUCCACCAUCCAGAACGCCAGCAGCGCCAUGCUGAUCGCCGCCAGCGUGGCGCAGCAGAAGUCCGUGGUGCUGCCGGCCAAGACGGGCAAAGCCGUCACCAAGAACAUCAUCAACCUGGUGCCGCAGGCGCUGCCCAAGGCCGACACGCGGACCAACGCCAGCCCCGUCACGCAGACCACCAGCGUCACCACCACGGCCAACCAGAAGCUGAACGGCACCACGGUGGUGAUGGUGCAGCCGCAGAAGCCCUCCCCGACCGUCGCGGGCACCGUCAUUUCCCGGAGCCAAUCCAGCCUGGUGGAGGCCUUCAACAAGAUCCUGAACAGCAAGAAUCUGCUGCCCACCUACAAACCCAACCUGAGCCCCCCGGCUGACGCCAGCCUGGCGCUGCCGCCCUUCGGGUACCGCUGCCUGGAGUGCGGGGAUUCCUUCGCUCUGGAGAAGAGUUUGGCUCGCCACUACGACCGGCGCAGCAUGCGCAUCGAGGUGACCUGCAACCACUGCACCAAGCGCCUCGUCUUCUUCAACAAGUGCAGCCUGCUGCUGCACGCCCGCGAGCACAAGGACAAGGGGCUGGUGAUGCAGUGCUCCCACCUGGUCAUGAGGCCCAUCGCUUUGGAUCAGAUGAUCGGGCAGCCGGACAUCACCCCGCUGGUCUCCGUGGCUUCUUUCCCUGCUGGCAAAGUGGCCGGCGUGACUCAGGACGCUCUGAGCGCGGCCAACGGGGCCCCGGAGCUCCCCAUCCUGCCCCUGAGCAGCAGCGGCUCAGAGCAGAGCAACUACAGCUGCUUCAGGUGUCUGGAGUGCAAGGAGCAGUGCAAGGACAAGGCCGGGCUGGCCGCGCACUUCCAGCAGGCGGUGGCCACGGGGACCACCAGCAGCACGGUCUGCACCACGUGCCCCAUGAUCAUGUCCAACCGCUGCAGCUUCAGCGCCCAUCAGCGGAUGCACAAGAACCGCCCGCCCCACGUCUGCCCCGAGUGUGGGGGGAAUUUCCUGCUGGCCAACUUCGAGACCCACCUGAAGGAGUCCUGCCUGCACUUCUCCCGCAGAGUGGGAUACAGGUGCCCCAGCUGCGCCGUGGUGUUCGGCGGCGUCAACUCCAUCAAAUCGCACAUCCAGACGUCGCACUGCGAGGUGUUCCACAAGUGCCCCAUCUGCCCCAUGGCCUUCAAGUCUGCGCCCAGCGCCCACGCGCACGUCUACACGCAGCACCCCGGCUUUGGCAACCAGCAGUCCAAGAUGAUCUAUAAGUGCGCCAUGUGCGACACGGUGUUCACCCACAAGCCGCUGCUCUCCUCCCACUUCGACCAACAUCUGCUCAAUCAGCGCGUCAGCGUUUUCAAGUGCCCGGACUGCCCGCUGCUGUUUGCGCAGAAGCGCACCAUGCUGGAGCACCUCAAGAACACCCAUCAGCCCCCGAAGCCGCGGGAGGAGCCGACCAAGAAGGCGGCGGUGCUGCUGACCCCGAAGCAGGAGCCCAUGGAAACCCCCGUCCCCAAAAUCUCCGACGAAUCCUCAUCCUCCACGGAGGAGGACGACCCCCCCAGCUCCCCGGAGCUGCGCAAGGCCAAACGCAGCCGCUUCCAGCGCAAAGCGACCAGCAAACCCAAGGGCAGCGGGUGGACCUGCGGCGUCUGCCACUCGUGGUUCCCCGAGCGCGACGAGUACGUGUCGCACAUGAAGAAGGACCACGGGAAGUCGGUGAAGAAGUUCCCGUGCCACCUCUGUGAGCGCUCCUUCUGCUCCGCUCCCAGCCUGCGCAGACACGUCCGCGUCAACCACGAAGGGAUCAAACGCGUCUACCCGUGCCGGUUCUGCACGGAGGGCAAACGGACCUUCAGCAGCCGCCUCAUCCUGGAGAAGCACAUCCAGGUGCGGCACGGCAUUAAGGUGACCGACCAGACCAAGAGCCAGGAGGUCAUCAUUGCGCGCAUCGGGGCCGGCGCCGUGCAGGUGCCCGGCCGCAAGAGGAAGCUCUCCUCGGACGAUGGGGACUCGUGCAGCGAGGAGCCCGACAGCACCACCCCCCCCUCCAAGAACCCCAAAGGCGACCGCAAAGCGCCCUUCCGCUGCCGCAAAUGUGGGUACGUCGCCAGCAGCGCCGCCGACUUCCAGGAGCACAUCCCGCAGCACCGGACUGACGAGAGCUCCCACCAGUGCCGCGAGUGCGGGCUCUGCUUCACCUCCCAGGUGUCCCUCAACCGCCACCGCUUCAUCACCCACAAGAAGAAGAAGGGCGCGGGGGAGGCGGAGGAGCCGGGACCCCGCAGCCCCCUGGAAGGAGCUCCGCACGCGGCGGACGGGGCGCUGUCCUGCACCGUCUGCGGCCGCAGCUUCGACAGCCAACUGAACCUCAAGACGCAUUUCCGCACGCACGGCAUGGCCUUCAUCCGCGCGCGGCAGAACGUCAGCCCCGAGAACUGAGCGCCGCGCGGCGCCUUCGGCGGCGACAGAACCGCGCGGGGCGGACGGAGCCCCGGGAAGCCCUUCCUCCGCCUCCGCCUCCGCGAGGAGAGCUCCGUGCCGGCCCGGCGCCGAACCCUUCGGCCGCCCCGGGGCCGCGGAGCCGCGGAGCCGCGCGGCGGUUCUGUGCGGGCGGUGAUGGGGGCGCAGCCCGGAGCGCCCCACCCGCGGAACCGCCGCGUGGGCGCACGGAGUGCCGCGGGGGGGAAUACGCGCGGGGGGCGGCGGCUGCGGGGGCGCCGCCUCAGCGCCGGACUGCGGCCCCGCGUCGACCGCUCCGUGCCGGCAGCGCGGGGUGCGGGGGGAGCUGCGCACAUCACGGCGCGGUGCACCUCGACGGUGUUCGCUUUGUUUUCUUUCUUUCCCUUUUAACGCUUCCCGCGAUGUGGCGGUGGGUGGUGGGGAGAAGCGCCCCCCCCAUCGCCGCAGAGACGCUGCAGCCGCCGCUCAGCCCUACGGCCGCCCUUCGGGCUCUCCCUGCGCCCCCCCCCCCCCCACCCGCAGCGCCGUCGCGCGGAGCGGAGCGGAGCGGAACCGCCCGGAGCGGCGAUUCGGCGUUCCGUCCCGGCGCUGCGCGGUCGGUGCGGCCGCCCCCCCCCCCCCCCCCGAUCCCCGCUCACGGUGUACAGCUGUACCAUAUACACUAAAAGCGACGAGAGGAGAAAACAGACAGAAAGAACCGCUGUUGUGAUUUGGGUUUGGUUCGGUUUUUAUUUCCAGGGGUGGUUUGGGGUUUUUUUUUGUUUGUUUUUUUGUUUUUUUGUUUUUUUUUUUUGCUCUUAUUUUGGGUUUUUGUUGUUGUUUUGUUUGCGGGGCGUUGGGGACGGGCGGCCUCAGCCCCCCCCACAGCGAACCCUUCACAAACGCUUCGGAAAAGGGGGGGGGGGCGCCGUGCCGCUCCUCAGACCCCGCCUGGGCGGCGACCGCGCAGCGCUGCCGGCUGUAGGGCAGAGCCUAAAAACGUCCCCCCACUUUUAGAAGGAAACGACCCCAAACGGCACCGCGACCCCAAACGGCACCGCGACCCCCAACCAUCGCGCCGUCAUCCCCCAAUCAUUGCACUGUGAUCCCGAGUCGUCGCGCCGCGGUCCCCCAUCGUUGCUCUCCGAUCCCGAAUCGCACUGUGGGGUUUUCCAGCACUUCAGUGCCUUCAGAUGGACUUCUGUAAGCGUGUGGGGCCGGGGGGGGGGGGAGGGGGGGGCGAGCGCUGUGUGUGGGGUUGUGAUUCUGCUUCAGUAACGCUACGGGCACUGCAGAGGCUCUCAGGUAUCCUUUAUUCUUGUAGUCAUAACGCAAUUAAACUUUUAGUGGUUUAA